UAUUCAAUGCAAUAACAAUGGUAACAAGGCAGUCUUUUAAAAUAUCACAACAGUAGUUCAAGUUGUUCGUAAAAAUAAAAUCUCUCUAAAUUUUUUUGUAAGAUAAAAAAUUAUAAAAAACAAUAAAUAAAUAACGGUUUUCUUUCUUCCUUCACUGGACCACCAUAUACAUGUACCAUUUACGUAUUCAGUUAUUUACUUUCUCAUUACGUCGUUUUCUUAACAUUUACUCUUUCUUCAUUUAUGCAAUGACACAUUUAAUGCAGAUUCAACUUUUGACUAAACCUAACAUACAAAAAAAAAAAACAAAAUAAAAUUGACUAAACCACACCCGAUACACUAAAUUUGAGCCACUUCAACAAUAUUUUGUUAGAGAAUACCAGAAAAGCUCUCCCCUAGCAAUUCCUAUAUGGAGAUCCCAAUUCCUCCCAAUUUUCAGUGCCCAAUCUCUCUUGAAUUGAUGAAAGAUCCUGUCACCUUAUCCACCGGAAUCACAUAUGAUCGAGAAAGCAUCGAAAAAUGGAUCGGAACCGGUCACACAACAUGUCCGGUCACCAAAAAAGUGUUGAAGACUCCUGAUCUAAUACCAAACCAUGCAGUACGUAAGAUAAUUCAAGAUUGGUGCGUCCAGAACCGGCCAUACGACAUCGAACCGGUCCCAACGCUUCAAAUUCCGAUAACGCAGUACGAGGUCUCGGAGGAGUAUGUAUUAUCAUCCUCUUUUGAAUCAUAUGCUAGUGUUUCAGUAGAGAAACAUGCUUGUUUGUUAAUUGAGAUCUUGUCAAGAUUGACAUGGAUGUUCCCGCUUGGUGUAGAAGCCCAAUCUAAGCUAGCUUCGUCCACUUCUUUACGUUGCAUGGCAUGGUUUUUGAGAGGGGAAGAUGUUUCCGGUAGGCGAGUCACGGUUUUAGCCCUAGCAGAGCUACUUGCAUUGGAUCAGGGAUAUGUUAACGCGUUCGCGGAGAUGGAAUGUGUUGCAGAAGCAUUAGUGAAGAUAAUUAGGGUACCCAUUUGCCCUAGAGCUACCAAAGCUUCUCUAAUGGCUAUUUACCACAUGAUUUCACCGUCGGCGAUGAGUGAAGAGAUGACAAGAAGGUUUAUGGAGAUGGGUUUGGUUUCAUUGAUAUUAGAAAUUGUUCUAAAUUACGAGAAAGGCAUAUGUGAGAAAGCUCUUGGUGUUUUAGACCGUAUGUGUGAUUGUGGUGAAGGGAGAGAAUAUUUGGCUCGAAACCAUGAAUCAACUAUGCCAGCGUUAGUGGAGAAGAUUUUAGGAGUAUCGAUGACAGCGACGGAGUUUUCAGUUUCGGCUCUUUGGAAGCUUUGCAAGGAUGAAAAUGGAGGUGUUGUGGUUGAUGAGGCAGUUCAUGAAUUGGGUGUUUUUGAGAAGCUGUUGGUUGUUUUACAGGUGGGUUGUGACGAGAGAACAAAGGAAAGGGCUAAUGAGUUAUUGAAAUUCUUCACUCGCUACAAAGAAAGGUUGGACUUGGAUUCAUCAAUUUUAUUCAAGUAUCUCAAAAGGCCAUACUGAUUUUUUUAAAUAAUUUUUGGAUCUAGUUAUUUUCCAUAUGGAAUAUUGUGAAAAUAACCAUGUAAAUAUGUUAAA